AUGCUUCGCAACAUCACAAAACAACUCUCAAAAACGUGCAUCGGCGCUCCAACGAACUAUCGAUUCUUCUCGUCCGAAUCGUUCGACGUCGCCCAGAAGAAUCUCAAAAAACUGUCAGAGGAGCCGGAUAAUUCGGUCAAGUUGCAAUUGUACGCGCUGUUCAAGCAAUCCACGUCGGGCGAUGUGCAGGGAAAUCGACCGGGGAUGAUGGAUUUUGUGGGCAGGGCCAAGUAUGAUGCGUGGAAGGCAUUGGCCGGGAAAACGAAGGUGAGUUUGUGCGUCCUUUAAAAUACCGUAGUUUCUAGAGAGCCCACAGUAUUUUAAAGGGACAUACAUAUGUCCCUUUGAAAUACCGUAGGCUCUGGGGUAUGAAAAGAGCCUACAGGGACAUACACUCGCUUCGCUCGAACCGCUUGCGCGGAAUUUUGAUCUACACUCGCGCCACGGGCGCUCGGGAUACUGUAUGUUCCUUUGAGUGAUCUACAGUAUCCCGAGUCUUUGGCUCGAGUGUAGAUCAAAAUUCCGCGCAAGCGGCUCGAGCGAAGCGAGUGUAUGUCCCUUUAAAAUACCGUAGGCUCCUAAUAUACUACGGUAAUUUAAAGGAACACAUGUUUGUCUCUUUAAAGUUCUGUAGGCUUUUAAUAUACUACAGUAUUUUAAAUGGACAUACACUCGCUCCGCUCGAGCCGCUUGCGCGGAAUUUUGAUCUACACUCGCGCUAAAGGCGCUCGGGAUACUGCAGGACACUUAAAGGAACAUACAGUAUCCCGAGCGCCUUUGGCGCGAGUGUAGUUGAAAAUUCCGCGCAAGCGGGUCGAGCGAAGCGAGUGUAUGUUCCUUUAAAAUACCGUAGUUUCUAAGAGCCUACAGUACUUUAAAGGGACAUACAUAUGUUCCUUCAAACUACCAUAGUAUAUUGAGGGCCUACAGUACUUUGAAGGAACAUACACUCGCUUCGCUCGAGCCGCUUGCGCGGAAUUUUGAUCUACACUCGCGCCACGGGCGCUCGGGAUACUGUAUGUACCUUUAAGUUAUCUACAGUAUCCCGAGCGCCUAUGGCGCGAGUGUAGAUCAAAAUUCCGCGCAAUAUCGAAAUUCCGCGUGUGUGUUCCUUUAAAUUACCGUAGUUUCUAGGGUAUGAGAAGAGAGUAAUCAGAAUUUCCCAUUUUCCAGGAACAAGCUCAAGAUGACUAUGCGAAACUCGUCAAUUCCCUUCUUUCCGAAGAUCAAAAAGUGGCUCAAUCAUCUUCUGCAACUUUGGAAGGACUCAAACCAGUUCAAGGUCUCGAAGUGACAAAAGAGGGAAAAAUCUUCAAAAUCACAUUGAAUCGCCCGCAAAAAUUCAAUGCGAUCACACCGGAUAUGUAUAACGGGAUUAAGGAUGCGUUGAUUGCGUCGAAUGCCGAUAAAACUACGUCGGUGACGGUUUUGAGUGGUGAGUUUUGGGGUUUUUUCCUUAUUUUUCACGCUGAAAAUGGGUUUUCAGAGAAAUUUUGGCCAUUUUUGGUUUUCUAGGCCACCAUUAGCAUUCUUUUGGUUUCCUAGGCCACCAAAAUAUUUCUUUUGGUUUCCUAGGCCACCAAAAUCAUAAUUUCGGUUUCCUAGGCCACCAGAAACAAGCUUUUGGUUUUCUAGGCUACCAAAAUCAUUCUUUUGGUUUCCUAGGCCACCAAAAUGAUGAUUUUGGUUUUCUAGGCCACCAUUAGCAUUAUUUUGGGCGAAAAAAAUCCUGAAAAAAUACGUUUCAAAAAAUUUAUUUAAAAAAUUUCCGGAUUUCAUAAUCAAUACAUUAUCCGUUGCCCCACAAAAUAAUUUAUCUGAAAGAAAAUCUUCUCUGAAAAAUGAAAAAAAUAUAUAGUAAAUGUUCCGAAAAUGAGCCAAAUGGUCAAAAUUUACCGUAGUUUCUAGAGAGCCUACAGUAUUUCAAAGGGACAUACACUCGUUUCGCUCGAGCCGCUUGCGCGGAACUUUGAUCUACACUCGCGCCAUGGGCGCUCGGAAUACUGUAUGUUCCUGUAAGUGAUCUACAGUAUCCCGGGCGCCUAUGGCGCGAGUGUAGAUCAAAAUCCCGCGCAAGCGGUUCGAGCGAAGCGAGUGUAUGUUCCUUUAAAUUACCGUAGUAUAUUAAGAGCCCACAGUAUUUCAAAGGGACAUACACUCGUUUCGCUCGAGCCGCUUGCGCGGAACUUUGAUCUACACUCGCGCCAUGGGCGCUCGGAAUACUGUAUGUUCCUGUAAGUGAUCUACAGUAUCCCGGGCGCCUAUGGCGCGAGUGUAGAUCAAAAUCCCGCGCAAGCGGUUCGAGCGAAGCGAGUGUAUGUUCCUUUAAAUUACCGUAGUAUAUUAAGAGCCCACAGUAUUUUAAAGGAACAUACACUCGCUUCGCUCGAACAAAAAAAAAUACGUUUCAAAAUUUUAAUUUAGAAAAUUUCCGGAUUUCAUAAUCAAUAUGUUGUCCAUAUAUUUUUCAACCUAAAAAUUCGAAAAAAAAACAUUUUCCUUUGCAGCAAACGGCGCCUAUUUUUCGGCGGGAAAUGAUUUGACAAACUUCAAAAAAGCCGCCUCCGGAGAUCCGAAAAUUAUUAAAGAAAUGGCGGAAGACGCGAAAAUUUUGUUGAAAAAUUUUGUCGACUCAUUUGUGACACACGAAAAACCGCUGAUUGGGCUGAUUCAAGGACCGGCUGUUGGAAUUUCGGUUACUGUACUUGGAAUGUUUGAUUAUAUUUUGGCGUCGGAUAAGGUGAGGGGGAUUUUGGGCGGGUUUUAGACAAUUUUGAUCUGAAAUUCAUCAUUUUUCAUGAUUUUCAGCUUGAAAUUCAUCAUUUUCAACAGAUUUUCAGCCAAAAAUCGAUAUUUUUUCAAUUUUCAGGCCACAUUCCACACUCCAUUCGCACCAUUGGGACAAUCACCAGAAGGAGCAUCUUCCUACACAUUUCCGCUGAUUAUGGGACCAUUGAGAGCUUCAGAGGUACGAAUUUUGGGAAAAAUUUGAUUUUGGCGCGAAAAUUUGAUCCACGUGUCAAAUUUUCGCGGCAAAAAAUGAAUUUCAAAAAUUUUUUUGCAGCUUCUCCUCGUCUGCAAGAAAAUCACCGCUGCAAAAGCGCAUGAAUAUGGUUUGGUGAAUGAAGUUGUGGCAGAUUCGGAAUUCUCGGCCACGGCCGCCAAAAUUGUCGAAGGAUUCUCGACCCUUCCACCGGAAUCGUUGAGAGUUAACAAAACUCUGUUGAGACAUUUGCACAGGGAGAAUCUUUUGAAAACUAAUGAGGUGAGCGGGAUUUUUGGGAUUUUAGCUCAAAAAUUUCAGAGAAAUCGAAAUUUCAGCCCAAAAUUCUCUCAUUUUUCAAGUGAAAAUAUGAAAUUUGACAUUAUUUUUAGAAUUUUUGGAUUUUUUACCAAAUUUUCUAAUCAUUUUUCAAUUGAAAUUUAAAAUUUAAAGCAUAAAAAAUCUGAAAUUCAGGAUUUUUCUACGAAUUUUUUGAGCAUUUUUCAAUUGAAAAUAUGAAAUUUGAAUUUUAAAGCAUAAAAAUCUGAAAUUCUGGAUUUUUUUCAAAUUUUUGAGCAUUUUUCAAUUGAAAAUAUGAAAUUUGAAGUUUUUCAUGGAUUUUCUGGUUUUUUUAAAACCAAAUUUUGAUAAUUUUUCAAAUUUUCAAUUGAAAAUCUGAAAUUCUGGAUUUUUUUUACGAAUUUUCUGAGCAUUUUUCAAUUGAAAAUAUGACAUUUGGGAAUUUAAAGCAACACCCUCGUAUAAUAAGGCCAUUGCGAAAUGCUUUCAAACACCAAAAUAAAUAAAAUUAACCUAUUCAGCUAUACUCACAAGAAAUAUGAAGAAGAAAUACUCAAAAACGAUCAAGUUUGACCGAUUUUGAAAAAAAAAAUUAUUUUUUUUUGAAAAUCGCCUGCAGAUUGUGCAGAUCCGCAAUUUCAUGACAUUUGUGCAAACACUGUGACGACAAUUGUGUACUACAGUACCCCUUUCAACUUUUUUUCAACAAAAAGUGAAUUGUUUCACUGAAAACAAUGAAAUAAAUUGUAACAAUGAUUUCUGAAUGUCCUUAACCAUCUCUACUUUCAUUUUUGACAAUGAUAGUUCAGUUUUAUAUUGCAUAUUCCGGUCAAAAACUGAAAAAACACAAUUUCCAUUGGAAAAUUGAGUUUUCGUCUGAAAUAUUGAAUCUUAGUGUUUAUACUUCUUCAAUUUAUUUUUUUCAUACCCAGAAAACAGUUUUUUCCAUGCAAAUUGUCAUUUUCCGAAAAAACGAAAAAAUUUUGCGAAAAAAUAAAAAGAAAACAACGAGACUCCGCGUUGACGCUAGCCCGCGUUGUUUGAAUUCGAGUUUUUUCAAUUUUUCAAUGGGUUUCCAUAUUUCGGCUAAUACUUAUUGAAACGUUUUGAAUUUUUUCUCCGAACUAGAAAACAGUAAAACUAAGCUAAAUCUAAGAUUUGAGAGCAUUUGGGCUUUUUUCAAGAAAGUGCCUAUUAUACGAGGGUGUUGCUUUAAAGCUGAAAAAAUCUAAAAUUCUGGAUUUUUCUACGAAUUUUGAGCAUUUUUCAAUUGAAAAUCCCAGAAUUUUUUAAACUUAAAAUUUUCAAAGAAUGUUUCAACGUAAAUCUGUUUUUCAGCUAAUUAUUGUGAAAUUUUACCCAGAAUUUUGAAAAAAUCUCAUUUUUCAUCGAAAUUUAUAAAUUUCACCCCAAAAUUCUCUAAUUUUCCAGCACGAAUGCGAAGUUUUGGCUCAACGCUGGCAAUCCAAAGAAUGUCAUCAAGCAAUCGCCGCAUUCCUCACAAGAAGUAAAAAAUGA